CUGUCGACGGAGUUUGAGGGUUUACUCUCCCUGGGCCCGCUUUCAUUACUUGACCUUCUCCACUUUUAUCAGCCUGCCCACCGACAUCGUCCUGCAAUGUUUACCUCUCGCUUUCAUCUUUUAAUCGUGGCGGCGUCGUUCUCACAUGCAGUAUGUGGACCUGUUCAGUCCACGUUUGAGAUCAGUAGUGAGGUCUAUGCGGUCGCAAAACCCCGGCAGCUUCACGGUCGUUUCCUCCAAAUCACAGAUAUGCAUCCAGACCCACAUUAUGUUGAAGGAACCUCCAUAUCUAAGGCCUGCCAUCGGUCUAAGCCAAAGAAGAAAAAGAAACGGGCUGGUUAUUAUGGAACUCCUUAUUCGUGAGUUUCUGACACUGGGCAAUCACCCACGCGUGUCAAGUAUACAUAUUCAUUCCUUGCGACGCAUGUGUGUGGUGCGCCGGGACAUUCAGAGAUUGUGAUUCCCCCCUUAGAUUCACUAAUUACACUCUGGACUUUUUGGAAAAGAAUUGGGCGUCACAGAUUGAUUUUGUGAUCUGUCAGUUACGCCUUUCUUUGUGUGGGUAGUCUCAUGACGAUUUUGUUGACUGAAUGAAAAGGGACGGGCGAUAACGCCAGGCACGAUAACGAUAGGAAACUCCCACGUACGACCUUUGAAAUAUAUGAUUUGAACCGAGCAGUGGCGCAGAAGAUGAAGGACGUGUUCUUGAAGAAGGGAGUUCCAGUGAUACCAUCCUUAGGAAACAACGACGUCUGGCCGCACAAUAUCCUCUUGCCAGGGCCUAAUGACAUAACCAGCCACUUUUCAUCAAUAUGGCAAGAAUUUAUUCCGUUCCCAUACCGUCAGGUCUUCCAGCGCGGUGCCUACUACAGUGUAGAGGUAAUUGCGGAUCAUUUGGCUGUGGUGUCCCUCAACACGAUGUAUUUUUAUGACGCCAAUAAAGCCGUAAACGGAUGUCCGUUCAAUGAGCUCAGCGAUCCAGGGAACCUACAGCUUGAUUGGCUCGAGGUACAGCUAAAAAUGUUUAGAGAGCGUGGGCUGCGGGUGUGGUUAUCAGGACAUGUCCCUCCAUCUAGAGGCAACUAUUUUCCUGAAUGUUACGUCAGGUACGUAGACCUGGCGUUGAGAUAUCAAGACACUAUCCUUGGUCAUCUUUUCGGGCACAUGAAUUCAGAUCAUUUCUUCUUUCUUGAGGCAGGAGACCUGGAGUUGGAACUUGAUCAACAAGUUGCGAAGACAGAGAUCGAAAGCACUGCUGAUGCUGAUGGAGAUCUAUACGACGCGAUUAUUGACGAUUUUGGGACGUUGCCAGGGCUAUCGAAAGUUGAACUGGAUGAAUAUGCGGUAAUCAACGUUUCUCCGCCAGUUGUGCCGAACCCCUACCUGCCAACGUUUCGGAUUUUUUCGUAUAAUGUUUCGGGGGUAGAGAUGACAGGGAAUCUGGAGAAGAAGAAGAAGAAGAAAAAGAAAAAGAAGGGCGGGAAACGCAAACCUGGGCAUCAUCGAGGAGGACACGGGGACAAAUCAGUUCAUUGUGCUGAGGAGCCAUUCCGAAUGUCGUGGAAGUGUCAUCUCAGUAACGAUAGCUGGCAUUCUGACCCGGAGUCGCCGCCUCGAAAGAAUCAACGUUGGACACCUACGGGAUAUGCUCAGUAUUAUAUCCCCGAUCUAUGGAAUUCAGGUGAAGGAAAACAUCCCCAGUUCAGAUUGGAAUACACGACGUACAAAGCAGAUGUUUUGACAUCGGAGGACGGCCCUAUACCGCAGAAGCUACUGCCAAAAUCGUUGCGAAAUGGAACGAUAACCCAGAGCAAGUACGCGCCGUACGGGAUGAGUGAUUUGACAGUUGGAUCGUGGUAUGAACUUGCGUUGAGACUUGGUCAUAGCAGGGGGAAGAAACUGGGGAGGCGGUUCAAGGAGUACAUGUAUUUAGGGCGGGAGUAAUACGUGGGAAUAUAUCAUGUGAGCACAGCCGC